CGUCACUUCACAGCAGCUGUCGGAGCAGCGAGCCGCUGAGUCUGAGCUGAGUUUUGGGCGUGUUUGUAUUCGAGCUGCAGCAGCAAUAAUGUUCAACUCUGUUUGUCGUUUUCCCUCCAAUGAUGCGAACGAGGAAGAAACGUCGGUCGGAGAAAAAGAAACAAUGGCCUCCUCCAUUCCUCUCUCCAAGCCCAACACCACCUUCUCUCUGGCUCUGCUCAGAAAGCUGAGUGAGGACAAGAAGACUGCAAACAUCUUCUUCUCUCCUUUCAGCAUCUCUUCAGCUCUGGCUAUGGUGAUGCUGGGAGCCAGAGGAGACACAGCCACUCAGAUAUCAGAGUGCUUAAAAACCCAGAACUGUCAGGAUGAUGUCCACACUCUGUUUGCCAAAACACGGAGUGAACUCAACAAGCCGGACGCUAAGUUUGUUCUCAGUGUUGCCAACAGACUGUUUGGAGAGAAGUCCUACAGCUUUCUGCAGGGGUUUUUAACCCAAACAAAAACUCACUACGACUCAGAGUUGGAGGCUGUGGACUUCAAAACCAAAUGUGAGGAAGCCAGGGUCAGGAUCAACAACUGGGUGGAGGAGAAGACACAAGGUAAAAUCAAGGAUAUGGUGGUUAAGGGCAUGGUGAACGACAUGACCAAGAUGGUGCUGGUUAAUGCCAUUUACUUCAAAGGAAACUGGAAUGCGGCCUUCCAGAGAUCAAAUACCCGUGAGGUUCAGUUUAGACUCAACAAGAAAGACACAAAACCCGUGCAGAUGAUGGAACUUAAAAGCCACUUCAACUAUGCCUCCAUUGAUGAAGCCAGCUGUGAGAUUCUGGAGAUUCCCUAUGAAGGGAAAGCGCUGAGCAUGCUCAUCUUUUUACCAAGACAGAUAGAAGAUAACGGAACGGGUCUGAAGAAGCUGGAGGAUCUCCUGACAUACGAGACAUUCAUGGAGUGGACUCAUCCACGUGAGAUGGAAAGCGGUGAGAUUAUCGUGAAGCUGCCUCGAUUCAAGCUGGAGGAGAAGUAUGACUUGAACAGAGUCCUGAGCAGCAUGGGCAUGGUGGACGCCUUUGACGAGAUGAAGUGCGACUUCUCUGGAAUGUCAAGCAACAAAGGGCUCUUUUUGUCACAAGUCUCCCACAAGGCUUUUGUAGAAGUGAACGAAGAAGGAACUGAAGCUGCUGCUGCCACGGGUGGUUUGGUGGCAGAUAGUGUUACCUUCUUCACUGCAGACCACCCCUUCCUGUUCUUCAUUCGUCAUCGAAUCACUAAGACCAUUCUCUUCGCUGGACGCUUCUGCUCCCCCUAGCACACUCUAUGACCUUUGGAGCAGGCGGGCUACUAAACUCCAGUCUUCGAGGGCUAAAGUCCUGCCACUUCUAGAUGUCCUCCUGGUUCAACAUGGAUGAGUCGCCUCCUGAGCAAGCAAUCAAAUUCUUCAUAGUCAAACUAAUAACCAAUGGCCAAAAAUUCUCACCAGCACACUCUACACCCCAUAAAAUGACCACAACCGCAGCCACACUACAUUGCUGUCGUACACAAGAUUGCACUUUUACAAAGGUCACCGAGUCCUCUACCAAAGCUUGUGCCGAAAUUCAUCUUGGCAAUCUAUGUUUGCACUGGAGUAAAUGUUAACCGUUAUGUGGAGAUGAACUUAUUUGAAUGCACAUGUUUAAUUGUUUUCAAGUGUUAAGCUGCCAAAAUUGUAAAUUUCUUAAGACUGGCAUGAAGAGUUAAGAUCAGAGAUGGUCAUUCCCUGGGUGUACUGACAGAAACCGUGACAUCGUCUGUAUUCCCUCUGGUAUAAAGUGACGUAAUGAUAGGGCGUUAUUUUUUUUUUUUUAAAUGAUUUUCUUUGUAGUGCCAGAACUUGUUGCCAUAUCUUUGAGCAUUUUCUAUGGACUACAUUCUACAUUUUUAAAAGAUUUUUUUUUUUAGUUGUCAAACUUUUUGUUGUCUAGACAAAAGUGUGGAAAAUCCAUGAGCAAUAAAAGGCUGUAAGAAUCCCAGUAACUAUGUUGUGAGAUGCAAUUCUUAUAAAGUAGAGUGAAUAAAUAUGUGAUCAUCUGAUUUAGAAGAUUAAUUGCCAGUGCAAAAGAAAUAUCUUCAUUUCUGCUUAUUUUUUUAAUCAACAGACACGUAUAUAUUUUAAUACGGUAGAAUUACAUCAUUCUCUGAUGUCAUCGUAACAUCGCACUAUUGUUAUUUUUGCAUAAUACGAAAUUAAAACGAAUAUGGUAGGUGGAGUCUACAAGGUCACACACAUGGACAGUAGGUGGCGGUGUAGACAGUAAACUGUACUGAACAUAGAAAUACUGUAUGUUAUUUAGUAAUGUUUUUGUAAAAAAAAAAAAAAAAAAUUUGUUUAGUUUGUUUUUAAAAACUGCUAUUUGGAGUGAGGAGAAAUUUGUUGUUGUCUUGAAAUAUAACAUUAGCCAAAAAACACAAAACAAAAAAGUUGCCAUUUUUACUUGUGUUGCUUUUGCAAGUUUCUAUGCGUGGGCUUGUCUGAGCAGUUCAUUGCAUCAUGGAGUGAAAUACAGAAAGUCACUUUCCGUAAUCCACUCCCAACAUUCACACCUAAAUAAUCUUAGUCACCUUAAAGUAGCUGACUCUUCUCAACUGGAACUUUCUGCUGAAUUUGCAUUUUUUUUCUCUUCUUCUUUUUUUUAUUUUUAAGUUUGACCUUUCUAGGUCAAAAUGGCACAUUAGAAGUGUGAGUGUUUCUUCAACAGUGACCAACACCUGAGCGAGCUCAUGCUGACCAAAAGGUUUCAUUUAGAUGUAUUUACAUAAACAUGUGUUAAUUUCGCUGCUUCUAAUCAAAUGUUAAAAGAAAACUUAUUAAAAACCCUGGCGCGUGAUGAAAGC